AUGGGAGUGACUAAUCUGUGGCAAAUCCUUGAGCCCGUGAGACAACCUGUCAACUUGACCAGUCUCAAAGGAAAAACACUUGCUGUUGAUUUAAGUCUGUGGGUUUGUGAAGCACAGACUGUUAAAAAGAUGAUUGGAGUAGUUACCAAGCCACAUCUGAGGAACCUAUUUUUUCGGAUCUCUUUCUUAACAUCAAUGGGAAUUAAACUAGUGUUUGUCACGGAAGGAGAGGCCCCCAAGUUAAAAGCAGACACCAUGAGUAAGAGGAGCGAGAUGCGCUAUGGACCUUCAAAGAAAGCUGGAGCUGCAAGAACAGGGAGAUCUUUAUUCAAAGCCAUUCUGAAAGAGUGUCUUGAACUGCUGGAGUGUUUAGGUGUCCCUUGGGUUCAAGCUGCUGGGGAAGCAGAGGCAAUGUGUGCCUACCUAAAUGCAAAAGGACAUGUUGAUGGCUGCAUUACCAAUGAUGGAGAUGUCUUCUUAUAUGGAGCUCAAACAGUUUAUAGGAACUUUGCAAUGAAUGCUAAGGAUCCACAUCUUGACUGUUACACAAUGUCCUCUAUUAAAGAGAAGCUUGGUUGUGACAGAGAGUCUUUGAUUGGGCUAGCUAUUCUUCUGGGUUGUGAUUAUCUUCCAAAGGGUGUUCCAGGGGUUGGGAAGGAACAAGCUUUAAAGUUAAUUGGGACUUUGCAAGGUCAAAACUUGUUGCAAAGGUUUGAGCAAUGGAAAGAAGAAUUUCAGUAUAAUAAUAAUCCACCUUUAGUUGUUAAAAGGGUAAUUCACUGUUCUGAGUGCCAUCAUCCAGGAUCUUACAAGGAACAUGGGCACAGUGGAUGUAAAUUCUGUGAAAGCACUAGAUACUGCAAACCCAAUGACUCCAAAUACUGCUGCCCUUGUGAAUGGCAUCAGUUAGAGCGGGUGAAACAAGCAAGUACAGUGGAGGACAGUAUCAGAAAAAAAGCUAACAGUUGUGAGGGCUUUCCAUUCUCUCAGGUUAUCCAAGAAUUUCUUGUAAACAAGAAUAAAUUAAUCAACAUAAAGGAAAAUCGAAGGCCGAAUUUAUUGUCCUUUCAGAUAUUUGCUUCUGAGAAGAUGGAAUGGAACAAACAUUAUGCUUGUAAGAAACUGCUAGUACUCCUGACACAUUAUGAUAUGAUCCAGAGAAAAUAUGGAUACAUUGAUUCAAAACAAAUGCAGGCAAUACGGAUAGUCAAGGCACGUGUUAAAAACGGAAUUUCUUGCUUUGAAAUUGAGUGGCAAAAACCAGAACAUUAUGUUGAUGCAGAAGAUGAGCCUGCAGAGCUGUUUGUAGUCACAGUGGAAGAGGAGUCUUUGUUUCAGGCUGCUUAUCCUGAUAUUGUUGCUCUUUAUCAAGUGGAAAAGUCAGAAGUUAUGAAGAAGAAACAGAAAAACAGAAAAGACAGACCAAAAGAAAAGGAAUCAUCAAACGGUUAUGAUGAAGUUACCAAUCUUCUGUCUCAAAUGAAUUUAAAAACUGGAUGUGGAAUUUUUCCUGUGCAGGAUUCCACACUGGAUAUAAAAACUCCCCCAGAAGAUCAGAAACACCAGGGAAGUACUGAAUCAAAAGAUCUAGUGUUAGCUGCAGCUUCCUGCAUAACUACUGUUCAAAAGCCGGCAUCAGCAGCUGUUCUUCCUCUAACUGCAUCACCUUACUCGCUCUUAAAGAGUACGGUGGUUGACUCAUGUGUAUUACCAGCACAAUUUAGUAAAAGUUCAGGGAUGUCAUCAGCUUCCUCUGUAACAGCUGGUCUACAGCUGAGCAGUGUAGAUUGGGAAGGAACCUUCUUCAACACUUCACCAGCUCAUGGGGGUGAUACCCAUGAUCCAGCAGCUGACUUAAGUACAUGCAUAAAACACUUGAAUCCACUGGUUCAUGAAACAAUGAGAAAUAGGUCAGAAUAUUCUGAGGCUAUGCAGUCUGAUCAGCAUCAUCUGGAUAGUGCAGAUGAUUUGGUUUCAGAUGAUGCUAUGGGACAGCUUCAGAAGUGGCCUUUAACUGAGCGAAUACUUAAGAAGACUUCCAUGCCAUCGAAGCCUUUGUUGUCUGCAGAUGUAAUGGAACGGGAACCUUUGAAAUGUUUUAAACAAACAGAAGAAACAUUGAAUCUUGAUGACGUUUUCAUCUCCUCCUCAUGUCAGUUAAAUAAAGUAAUGCAGGAAAGUAAAAAUGUGCUAUCAGAAAACCACACAAGGGAUUCCAGCGUACACAUUUAUCAAGAUCAGUACAAAAAGGCUGAAAGCCUGGCUGGAAUAGUGCAAAAAGGCCAUAACAUAAGCAGUUCAACAUCUGUAGCCCUCAGUGGGCGAACAUCAGAGAUACUCAAUUCUGGGUGUGAAAUGCUUCAAGCGUCUCAAAACCCAGCAGAUGUUGUAACUGACUGUCACAUUGAAAAAGCUUAUAUUCAAACUAGUUGGAAAACUACUUUUAAGAAGAGUGUGUGUCAGAACAGGUGUUCUUCUACUGAAGACAGUGAUGAUGGGAACAUCAAUAAAAAUCAGAUUUAUGAGCCGCAGAAAAGGCAACUGAGCCAUGGUCAAUUUAAAAAAUGUUAUACAAAGAAAAGGAGUAACAUUGUUUCUGGCAAAAGAACAAACAGUGACUCAGCCCUUAUAAUUGAAGGGAAGAAGAAACCAACCACUUCAAAAAAAGAUGGUAGUAGUUUCUCAUUGCAAGUACCUCCAAAACCAACCUCAGUAAGGGAUGAUAGUUGUUUCCAAAGUCCAGAGCAACCAUUUGAGAGGUCAGUUCCUGGUCCCACACAGCAAGCCAAAGGUGCUGUUCAGUCUUAUGCAUGGGCAGACAGUCCCCUUCCCCUGUCUGAAAGACUAAAAGGAAAAAUCCAAAUCAAUUAG